GGACUGAGUCACAGGCCAGGCCCGCUUUAAAAGUGCAGCUGCGUCCACCUCUGAGCUCAAAGAUGGAGUGCAGUGGGCUGCUUGUGGCGUUCGUGGUGCUCGCUUGCAGCGGCGCAUUCUGUGCGGUGGUGCAGUGGUCUGACCUGAAUGAGGCUCAGGACUAUUUGAAACGGUAUGGCUACCUUAAUGAGCCCACUGAUCCACAGGACGCCGGAUACCUGGAGGAGGUCAUAGAAGCUCUCAGGGUGUUCCAACGGGUGAAUGAGCUGCCGACGAGUGGAGAGCUGGACGAGGCCACCCUGGAAGUGAUGAGGCAGCCUCGCUGUGGCUUGGAGGACCCUUUCAACAAGAAACAGCACAAAUACAGAGUGUUGGGUCGCUGGAAGAAGAAAAAUCUGACCUACCGCAUUUACAACUACACACCAGACAUGACAAAGGCUCAAGUGAAAACAGCUAUAGAGGAGGCCUUCAAGUUCUGGAGCGACGUGACGGAUUUGACCUUUAGGGAGGUGGAUUAUGGAAGAGCUGACAUCAGGAUCUCCUUCCACAAGAGGGAUGGCUAUUGCAGCUUUCCGUUUGACGGCCGAGGUCAAGUACUGGCCCACGCAGAAGCACCAGAAUCUGGAUUGGUCCACUUUGACGAAGAUGAGUUCUGGACGGAGGGGACGUACUAUGGCUCCAAUUUACGUAUCGUGGCGGCCCAUGAAAUUGGUCACGCUCUCGGCUUGGGUCACUCUCAGUUCAGAAGCGCCCUAAUGGCCGCCGUCUAUACCGGUUACCGACGCAAUUACAAGCUGCACUUUGAUGAUGUGAAAGGAAUCCAAGCACUGUAUGGCAAACUCACCCCUGACAGUUCGAGUACGACAACUUCAGAUGGUGUCGUCGUUCCAACUGAAGGCAGCAGUGACACGGAGAGUGUCCCUGACCCGUGCACAGCCACACUGGAUGCCAUCAUGCUUGGUCCUUGGAUGAAGACGUUUGCUUUCAGCGGGAAGUACUUGUGGACCAUCUCUGAUCUGGGUCACAACACACCCAUGAAGAUGGACAGACUGUGGAAGGAGCUCCCAGGCAACUUGGAUGCAGCAGUACACUCGCCAAGGACCGAUAAGACAUACUUUCUGAAAGGCAAUCAAGUUUGGCGGUACAGCGGCUUUGUGCUGGACUAUGGUUACCCCAAGAAAGUGCAGCGGAUCCCUUCAAACAUUGAUGCUGCUUUGUACAACAAGAACAACAGGAAGCUGAUUUUCAUCAAGGGCUCAAAUUAUUGGCAGUGGGAUGAGCUCCAGUACAACAUAUUAAGUCCCAGGCCGCUGUUAAUGCUCUUUACUGGCGUGCCCUCCGGCAUGGACGCUGCCUUCACCUGGACCAACGGCAGGAUGUAUUUUUUCAAGGGGGAUGACUACUGGCGCGUCAAUGAGAGGCUGACGGUGGACAGAGGAUACCCACUGAGUAAGAAAGAGCGCUGGAUGCUAUGCUAGGUGCCCGCCGAUAGAGGGCAGCAAAUACUAAAUAUUCUGCAUUUCGGACAGGAUUGGCUUUCUUUUAUUUUAUUGUGUUUUUAUGGACUGUGAAAAUGAUUUUAGAUUUUGUAUGUCGGAAAGAUAUUAAAGUCGGGCAUUUUUUUUCUUUCUCGAA